GAAACUGAAUUACCUCUGAUUCAUGAGUUUUAUAGUGUUCUUGGAGGUAAGAUUUCACAAGAGGAUUAUAAUCAUACCCAAAAUAUAUGGAAUGAAUUUAGGUGUAAGAAAUUGGAAGAAUAUAAUGAUCUCUAUCUCAAAAUAGACGUGCUUAGUCUAGCAGAUGUCUAG